GAUUAAGUUGGUUCUCCCCCCCACACGACAUUUAUUUAGUCGGUUACCUUACCACUCAAACGUGCCCAUUAUCAGCAGCACAGCCACCGGGCGGUGUCUUGGUCGUCGUCUCUUCGAGUUGAGCUGAACGUUGCAGACAUGGCCUGUCGCAGGAUCACACAGGAGACCUUCGAUGCGGUGGUCAAGGAAAACAUCGAUGAGUUCGACAUGGACACGGCGGAGGCCUUGAGAGAAGCGGUAGAACAGUUUGAGUCUCAAGGGGUGGACCUCAGCUGUAUAGUGAAAACUGUGCGGACAGCAGGUGAUCACCAAACAGAGGAGCAUGAGGUCCUUCAGGCCCUGGAAUCCCUUCAAAUAGCAUCUGACAGCAGUAUGGCUGCAGAUCUGAAACGCUUCACUGAGCAGUGUUCUCUUGGCUUCGCCCAGAGGCACCUGGCAGCCCAGAAAGAUGCCUAUCCUACAAUCAUCUCCUGCUGUAGAAAGACUCUGGAUGAACAGGAGGCUCUGCUGGCCGCGCUCUCUGCCCUGGCCGCUCUGACAGAUGGCCAGCCAGACCUCCUUGACUUGGAGGGCAAGGAUCUCCUUGUGAGCAUCCUUGGCAUGUACCAGACAGACCCUGCUCUGAUGUUAGUAGCCAUCCGUACGGUCCGCCAUUGCUGUUUGAAGCACGAGCAGAACAGGCAGGAUUUGGUGAAGGCUGGAGUGCUGCCGUUGCUGACCGGUACCAUAAAGCAACACACUGGACGCUCCGAUCUGGUCAAAGAGGCCUGUAAUGCCCUCCGGUACAUGACCUUUGACGAUGACAUAAGAGUUCCUUUUGGACAGGCUCACGAACACGCCAAGAUGAUCGUUAUGGAACACAAUGGGUUGAAAGUCAUUGUGGAGGCUGCUAAAGCACACCCAGAGAAUACCCCUGUCCUCAGUGUGCUGUGUGCUACUCUGUCCAGCCUGGCCGUGAGGAACGAGUUCUGUCAGGACAUCUGUGACCUGGGAGGGUUAAAGUUCAUGAUGACCCUGCUGGCAGACAGUUAUGAGUCCCAGGAGCUCACAAGGCAGGUACUCAGCGCUCUGAGGGCCAUAGCAGGAAAUGAUGAUGUGAAGGAUGCUGUCACAAAUGCCGGUGGAGUACAGCUCAUCGUCAUCGCCAUGAACAGACACAUGGGCAAUGCUCAAGUGUGUGAGCAGGGCUGUGCUGCUCUCUCUGUCGUUGCUCUGCGCAAACCCAACAACUGCCAAGUCAUUAUGGAGGAAGGUGGUGCGCUGGCGGCUCUGCUGGCUAUGAAGACCCAUCCUGAUGAGGUCAAUGUGCAGAAACAGGGAUGUAUGCUGCUGAGGAACCUGGUGGCGCGCAUGACUCACUUCAACCAGCCCAUCCUGGAGAUGGGAGCAGAGGCCCUCAUCGCCCAGGCUCUGGCGGCCCACCGGGACUGUGGCGACCUGGCAAAAGCUGCCCUCAGGGACCUUGGCUGCCAGGUGGAGCUCCGAGAGCUGUGGACGGGCAAGAAGGGCAGCCUCACCAGAGAUUGACAUUAAGGGCUGAAAGGCCCUCGGUCACCCAUCCUGGUCUGGAGGAUGUACAGGAGGUGCAUGCUUUUGUUCCAGCCCAGCUAUAACAACCUUGGUUAAUUUAAUUUAUUGCUAAUUUGAACAGGACACGUGUCAAUUCAAAGCCGUAAUAAAAGCUUACACACUCUGCAGCUCUCCAGAACCAGGGUUGGGGACCACUACACUCAGAACACCUGAACACAGUCAAUAAAGCUGCUAAUCCUAGUAAAUGGCCUCAUCCAAGUUUCUGAUAUGCCUGGGAAGCAGAGUUGUAUGAAGGAGUACAGAGGGGGAUAAAGCUGUUGGACUUGUGAUGUUUUUAAAUGUAUUAUUAUUUACUGUACAUAUUUUUGUGGUUAUUAGUUGUAUUUUCACUUUUACAGCCAUUUUCUUUCAUCAGAAUUUGUUUAAGUAUUAAAUCCUGAAAAUGUAGUUUUAUUUACCAGGUCUAUUAUAGUCUUGAAGUGUACUUAAUUGAAUGCAAACAUGCUUUCUUGCACUCCGUUCUCUUUGUGCAGCUUCAUUGUAAUGUGGCUUUUGCCUGUACUCCCAAAUUGUUUCUUUGCUUAGUUGGACAUUUUAGAUUUUAAUGUGCAUAACAUGUUUUUUUCCCCCUGCAAACAUUCCUUAACAAUACUCUGCGGUUGGGUUAAAUUAGAAAUGAAGUAAUUAAAUUAAUUGAAAAUAGAGUACCUUUUUUCAAAUAUUGACUUCAAUUUGACCCCAAACCUGCAACACUUUUACUCUUAAAGUGUCCAUUUUUAAGUCUACCUGUUUGUCUCCUGUUAUAGUAGGAAACUGGAAAUGCUGAUACAUGCCUCUUCCUCAGAGAGACCGACACGUGAACAGUGUAUUAAAACCAACUGAGUCAUGA